AUGGAGAGCACUGUGACGCAGAUCUCGCGAGAGGACCUGGAGGAGCUGAGGGAGGCUUUUGACAAAAUUGAUAUUGACAACAGCGGCUAUGUGAGCGACUUUGAGUUGCAGGAGCUCUUCAGGGAGGCCCGAUUCUCACUUCCUGGCUUCAAGGUGCGCGAGAUAGUGGAGAAGUUCAUGGCGGCGUCAGACACCAACAAGGACGACAAGAUCAGCUUUGAGGAGUUUGUGUCGAUGUAUCAAGAGCUGAAGAGCCAAGAGGUGAGGGAGUCCUUCCGGAAGGCCAUUACCAGAAGAGACGGGAUCCGAUCCUUCGGUGGCACCUCAGGCAUCUCCAGCGAAGGGACCCAGCACUCCUACUCCGAUGAGGAGAAGGUGGCGUUCGUGAACUGGAUCAACAAGGCCUUGGCCAACGACGCCGACUGCGGACACCUGCUUCCUAUGGACCCUGAGAACGAGAGCCUGUUCAAGUCUGUGAAGGACGGCAUUCUGCUCUGCAAAAUGAUCAAUUUAUCCCAGAGUGACACAAUUGAUGAAAGAGUCAUAAACAAAAAGAAGCUAACAACAUUUACCAUGACUGAAAACCUGGUGUUGGCCCUUAACUCUGCCUCUGCCAUCGGCUGCACAGUCAUCAACAUUGACUCCCAGGACCUGAUGGCUGGAAAGCCACACCUGGUGUUAGGCUUGCUCUGGCAGAUCAUCAAAAUUGGUCUCUUUGCUGACAUUGAAAUCUCCAGGAAUGAAGCCCUGAUCGCGUUACUGGGUGAGGGUGAGGAGAUGGACGACCUGCUCUCCUCAUCCCCUGAAGACCUGCUUCUGCGCUGGGUUAACUUCCACCUGGCGAACGCUGGCUGGCAACCGAUCAGUAACUUCGGCGACCACAUCAAGGACUCCAAGGCCUAUUUUCACCUGCUCAACCAGAUUGCGCCCAAGGGAGGAAGUGAGAAUGAACUGAAGAUUGAAAUUGACAUGUCAGGAUUCAGUGAACGGGAUGAUGAGCAGCGGGCUGAGCUCAUGUUGAGGCAGGCAGCGCGCCUCGACUGCAGGCAGUUUGUCACCCCCCAGGAUGUGGUGGCAGGGAACCAGAAACUGAACAUGGCUUUUGUAGCCAACCUCUUCAACAUGUACCCAGCUUUGAGCAAGCCCACAGGCAACAGUAUCGACCCCGCUCUCCUUGAAGGGGAGACCAGAGAAGAAAGAACAUUCCGGAACUGGAUGAACUCUUUGGGAGUGACACCACAUGUCAACCACUUGUACCGUGACCUGGUGGAUGCCUUGGUCAUAUUUCAGCUGUAUGACCGAAUCCAGAUCCCUGUAGACUACAAAAAAGUCAACAGGCCCCCCUACCCAGCCUUAGGAAGCAACAUGAAAAAGUUGGAGAACUGCAGCUAUGCAGUUGAGCUAGCAAAGCAAGAAGCCAAGUUCUCCCUGGUGGGGAUCGGAGGAGUUAACAUCAACGAAGGGAGUGAGAUGCACACACUGGCCCUGGUGUGGCAGCUCAUGAGGAGGUACACGCUGAAGGUGCUGUCCGACCUUGGAGAUGGUGAAAAAGUGAACGAUCAAGUAAUCAUCCAGUGGGUGAAUUGCACACUAAAGAAAGGCAAAAAGGACACGUUAAUUUCCAGCUUCAAGGACAAAUCGAUCAGCACAAGCCUCCCAGUGAUUGAUCUGAUUGACACCAUCGCCCCCAGUGCAAUCAAAGCAGAGAUGGUGAAGAGAGAAGACAUUGAAGAAGAUGAUAAGAUCAACAAUGCUAAGUAUGCCAUUUCAGUGUGCCGUAAAAUUGGGGCAAAAGUGUACGCUCUACCGGAGGACCUGGUGGAGGUUAAGCCCAAGAUGGUGCUGACAGUGUUUGCUUGUCUGAUGGCGCUGGGUUUGAAGAAAGUGCAGAGCUGAGCUAUACUCUGACACACCCUGAAAAGGCCCAUCCAGUCACAAUGUGGAGUGCAA